AUGACAUCGCACAAAGGUAUGCUAGAAAGACGCGGAUAUCGUUCACUUCAUAUUAGUCGUUUACAAUUGAAACGAUGGUCAUCUUAUCUUGCUACUGCAUUUGCGAUUCUCUCAUUUGUUUUUAUUUCUGGUGGAAUUUGGCUACUUGAAAAUAAUCGGAUCGAGUCUGAAAUUAUCGGCAGGCGAUAUUACUACGAAGAAGGAGUUUUGUUUGUAAUCAUUGGGAUACUAUUGCUUCUUUCGCUUGUUUGUCAAGCUUUUAUGAUUCAUCUAUUGUUUGUUGCAAAAAAGCCAUGGAGAUUUACUGAAGUCAAGGUAAAGAGAGCAAUUGCACUGUAUUUAGUUUUUCUGUUUGCAGUGACAAUUCCUCAUAUUUAUUGUUUGUACCAUGUGAAAACAAUUAGAACAAAAUUAAUAUGGUCAAUUAAAGAACAAACUGAAGAGGCUUUGAUUAGUUUGUACGGAUUCGAACCUGAUUUUACAUCUGCAUGGGAUCAUCUACAGUCUCAGAGUGAAUGUUGUGGAUUUUCGGGUCCUCAAAUAUAUGCCUCUUCAAAAUGGAAAUACAGUCAACCUAAUUCUUCAACUUUUAUCAGCUUAGUACCUGAUUCGUGUCUUACACUUAAAAGUUUAGAAGAACAAGUACUUGAAGAUAUAAAAACCAAGUCUGAUUAUGAAGAACCUAGACAAGUGACUUUUCAAAAAGGAUGCGCAGAAUUUCUUUAUACUCAUAUAGAAGGUGUUCUAAGCGGUUCGUUUAUCGUACCGGUUAUUUCUCUUGUGAUUGUAUCUUUUUCAUUUGUUCUUGGAAUCGUUUUGUGUAAUUUCGUGGUGGUUGGAGAAGAAAUUUAAAACAAUGAGAAAGAUAUUUAACAUCAACUCAAUUAUCAUCAGGCUGUUUUGAUCUGAUCUGAUCUGAAGAAAAUCUCCAGUUUUUUUCCUUUUUAAAGACCAAACUAUAAUUUCACAUUUGCUUUCGUUUUUUUCUUUACUUUAUUUUUUAGAGAAAAUUGUUUAUUUGCUAUUACGAAUACUAAUAUUAUUGCUAUUACCGUCACGAUUUUUUUUCUGUUUAGAAAGUUUAUUUUUCAAUCAGUUACUCAUUUUUUUUCACCAUUAAUUUUCUCGUUGAUUUGAAUUGCGAGAAAAAGUAUCUGAUCAAGUAUGAUUUUAUCAUUUUUAUUAUUAUUUACUGCUUAGCCCGCCUUAUUACUUUUAUUACUCUACAUUAUUUUGUCUGUAUAUUCACUGAUUUAUACAUACAUGAAAUGUAUUAGCCUUUUAUGAUGAAUAAAUCAAUUCAUGAUGAUUAUGAUAAAAUGAUUUAUAUUAUUGUUUUUUUUCCAAGGAGAAAUCUACUUAGUGUACAUUAUUCCAUGCGAUUAUUUUAAUGUAUAUUUAGCUUUAAAUUCUAUCUUUUUUAUGAAAGGCUAGUUAUGUUAUUCAAGUACUGGACUUCACAGUUCAGUGUUUGAAAUUGAACGACUACAACUAUGCUUGAAAGACAGGUUUAUCAACUUCUGUUUAGUAUAACAACAGUGAAGAAUAACUAAAGAUGGUUAUUGUUACACAGUGUCUUUGUAGGUAAUACUUUAUCUAUUUGCGCUAAACUCUAGUUUUAAUGGGAACUCAAUAGUUCAUUCACAUAUAAAUGGAUCCUCUCUAUUCACUCCCAGUAACAUCUAAAGUAUCAUUUAUUUGGCAAAAAUUAAACCGUAUAACCUUAGUGAUAAUGAUCAG